AUGGCUGCGUCCCCGGCGGGGUCGGUGGUGAGCGCCGGGCUGGAUGAGAGUCCCACGGGGCUGAGCCCAGCCCCUGGGAAGGAGCUGAGCCCGGUGCUGCUGUGCAAGGUGUGCGGGGACACCAGCAGUGGGAAGCACUACGGCAUCUACGCCUGCAAUGGCUGCAGCGGCUUCUUCAAGCGCAGCGUCCGCAGGAAGCUCAUCUACAGGUGCCAGGCAGGGACAGGGCUGUGCCCAGUGGACAAGGCUCACCGCAACCAGUGCCAGGCCUGCCGGCUCAAGAAGUGCCUGCAGGCUGGCAUGAACAAGGAUGCCGUGCAGAACGAGCGCCAGCCCCGCAGCACAGCCCAGGUCCAGCUGGACAGCAUCCAGCUGGAUGCUGAGCUGCCCCCUGAGCACGUGGCCACCACAUGUGAGGUCCCCCCAUCAACCUGUCCGGCUCCUCGUGGCCCCGGUGCCACUGUCACCCCGGGUCCCCGAGCGCCCACACCGCCCACCAACCAUCGCUUCAUGGCCAGCCUGAUGACAGCUGAGACCUGCGCCAAGCUGGAGCCCGAGGACGCUGAUGAGACAGUGGAUGUGACGGGCAGCGAGCCGGAGCGGGCGGCGGGCGAGUACCAGGUGGCGCCGUACCCGGCAGCCAGCCCUGAAAACAUCUAUGAGACCUCAGCACGUCUCCUCUUCAUGGCCGUGAAAUGGGCCAAGAACCUGCCCGUCUUCUCCAACCUGCCCUUCCGUGACCAGGUGAUCCUGCUGGAGGAAGCAUGGAGUGAGCUGUUCCUGCUCUGUGCCAUCCAGUGGUCCAUGCCCCUGGAGAGCUGCCCGCUCCUGGCUGUCCCUGAGCCGGGCCCUGGGAAGCUGCUGCCGGCCACCCUGGACGUGCGGGCGCUGCAGGAGACCCUUGGCCGCUUCAAGGCGCUGGCUGUUGACCCCACAGAAUUUGCCUGCAUGAAGGCCGUGGUGCUCUUCAAACCAGAGACCCGUGGCCUGAAGGACCCUGAGCAGGUGGAGAACCUGCAGGACCAGUCACAGGUGAUGCUGGGCCAGCACAACCGUUCCCACUACCCCGGGCAACCCGUCAGGUUUGGGAAGCUGCUGCUGCUCCUCCCAGCGCUGCGCUUCAUCUCCUCGGAGCGCGUGGAGCUGCUCUUCUUCCGCCGCACCAUCGGCAACACCCCCAUGGAGAAGCUGCUGUGUGACAUGUUCAAGAACUGAACCCCCUUCCUGCUGUCACCUGGCU